GCGAAAACAUUACGGAGUAUUCCAAGACAGGCGGGAGUGAAGCAACUGCAGCAAACCUGUCAUUCCGCAAUGUCUGACGUGGAUGAAGAUUUAGUGGCGUCGUCUGAUGGCGAGGAGGACAUGAUGACAGCGCCAGAGGUCCUUCAGAGGCUAGAGGAGGCAUGGGUUAUAGAGAGGAUGUCACCCACGCUGGAGCAUCACCAGACUGAUGUUGUUGACUGCAUGCUGGAGCAGAUUGACCAGAUGACAGAGAACAUAAAAAAAUGCAAGAAACAAGAUUUUAGAGCAGCUUUACACAAGAUGGAGAUUGACCGGAUACGUUAUGUUUUGAGCAGCUACCUGCGUGUCAGGCUAGAAAAGAUUGAAAGAUACGCUCAUCAUCUCCUAGAGAAGGAUGCAUCAGUGACAGACCCAUUACAAGCAGUUCUCUCACCUCAAGAAGCAUCUUAUGCCAAAGAGUAUGUAUCUAGCAUGGAAUCACACUUCCAGAAAGUUGUACUGCAACAAAUGCCUGAAAUCAUUCGUGGUUUUGAUGCAGUUAAAGAGUGUGUGAAGCCAAAUUUGGAGAGUUAUGUCUUCUUCAAAGUGAAAAAAGCAGUUCCUGGGGUCCUUGUGGAGGAUUUCAGAGGAGAAGGAAGGGAUGAAGAGGUUGAUCUGGAAGAGGGAAGCCAAUACCUGAUGCGCUAUAAUACUGUGAAGGAUCUGCUGCAGUCCGGUACAGUUGUAUUCAUAUGAUGACAUGUGCUCUGGCUGUCUUAUCGAGACAGCAUGCAAUGCAUCAUAUUACUUACAUCUGGUUCAUCUUAGAUAAUGUACUAAGUUCAGUAAAAUCAUCAGUGACA